UGCCGGUCUGCGCGAAUCGGGCAUGGAAUUUCCGGAACAAUCUAGCUUACAAUCGUCCUCAAUAUAGACGUCUAGUACAGAACAUAGGUAACUGUAAACAGUGCGCGCAUUACUCCGGAGCAUACAAGACCACUCAAGACACUGACCAGCCAUGACCGGGAACGCACACGUGACUUUCCGCCAGUUCCUGCCCGACUUAGGCCAACCUCGAUUCACGACUCUGCAACAAAAAAACGCACACGAGUACGCAGAAUCUUUCAAGCGCGAUGGAGAACCGCCCUGGCUACACGCGCUAUGGCUCCAUUGGAGAGAAUUAUUCGCCGAGCCUUUCCGCGGCAUCACCAAUGACGGUGUAGUAAAGCCGGGUCUCUUCGACUUACGAGAUGAAGGUGUUCCCGUGACUAGCAUCGCCGCAGCUGCAGAAGAACUACUAUCCUUACUGGAUUGGUAUGAAAGAGAGCGCAUAAUCUACCACAUCGACUCACCCGAAUGGCGUUCCUGGUCCAACCCAGAGUUUCUCCUGAGCAACAAAGGCAUCCGACUAGACGAGGUGCCCAAUCCCACACGCGAUGCUGCGCUCAACCUGCUCCGACUCACGCUCUCACCUGAAGGCUAUGAGAAAGCUCUCGGCGCUAUGCGUAUGAACGGGUUUCUCGGGCGUCUCGUAAAUGCCCCUCGCAUCUGCAACGAGUUUUCGUACAAUCUAGCCUUAUUUGGGGCCCCUUCCGCUACGAAACCCUGGGGCUUCUCAUUUUACGGCCAUCAUCUUUGUCUCAACAUCCUGCUGUACCGCAAUCAGAUCGUCGUGUCUCCAUGUUUUACUGGCGCAGAACCAAACCUUCUCGACGACGAGAAUGACCCCUACCACGGCACUCAGAUCCUCCGGGAGGAAGACAGACUAGGCGUUGCACUCAUGCAAUCUUUGCCUUCACAGUUGCAGUCCCGUGCGCAAAUCUUCAAACUCCUGCACGAUCCCGCAAUGCUCCGAGGUCGCUGGAAUCAUGACGACCAGCGUCAUCUGUGCGGCGCGUACCGCGAUAACAGAGUGGUUCCAUACGAAGGCGUAAGAGUCAGUGAUAUGGAGUCCACGUCUCAGGAACUUGUCACUGCCAUCCUGGAGCAAUUUCUUCUGUACUUGCCCAGGAGAGCACGAGAGAUGAGGCUUACACAGGCAAGGGGAUGGUAUCAUGAGACAUGGUUUUCUUGGAUCGGAGGAUUCGACAACGAUGACGCAUUCUACUAUCGGAUACAGAGCCCAGUCAUCAUCGUCGAGUUUGAUCAUCAUUCUGGGGUGUUCCUGACGAACAAAGAGCCCGCAAGAUUCCAUAUUCACACUAUUCUGAGGACACCAAAUGCCGGCGAUUAUGGAAUGGCACUUCGUCCUUUGAUGCAAGGGGCAGAGCAGAAUUUUGUUUGGGGCGGAUGAUGAGUCCGAGAGAGGU